UCCAUGGUAUUUUUCUAUUCUUUGGCCGUUGUUUCAUUUGCCUAUUAAUUAUAUGCUUUAUUUCUAAUAUAUAACAACCUCCUUCAUUCUUCUUGCUCCACCAAAUCUACAAAACCAGUAAUCAAAUUUCUCUGUCAACUAAAAAGCAACAAAAUCAGUUAUUAGAUUUCAAUAAUCAUUAACACAGAAGAAGAUGAGUUCAACAAGCAGAGCAUGGGCGGCAGCAGCCAGUGUUGCAGUGGUGGAAGCAUUGAAGGAUCAAGGUAUAUGCAGAUGGAAUCAUACACUAAAGUCACUUCAAAAUCAUGUUAAAAACAAUGUCAGAUCAUUUUCUCAAGCAAAGAAACUCUCAUCCUCCACUUCUUCUUCUUCAGUUAUGGUUUCUACUAAUAGACAAAAAAAGAUGGCAAAGCAAUCAGAAGAAUCUUUGAGGACAGUCAUGUACCUGAGUUGUUGGGGUCCUAAUUAAUUAGAGGAGAUUAUAUUGGAACGAGUUUUUAACUAUAUUCUUUGAUUUUUCUUCAUGUAUUGUGCAACUAUGAAAGAAAAUUGAUGUAAAUUUUGAUGAAUUAAUCUAGAUAGCAAGCACACCGAAUUUCUCUACA